CCAGGCAGGUCGUUGCGGCUGCGGAGCGUCCCGGGUCGCCUCCGGGCGAGCUGUGGGCGGAGCAGGAGGAGGAGGAAGGGGAGGCCGUCCGGCGGGGAAGGGGCGGUGUCGCCCCGCCUGCCGCCCGCGCCACGUCUCGGGAGGAGGAGGAGGAGGAGGAGGAAGGGCGCCUCGGGUCGAAGCCGAGCUGAGCCGGGCAGCCACGCUAAUGAUCUCCAGAAAUUCCUCAGUUUGCCCAUCAAGCAGGCUGGAACGAAACCAAAUUGCUUGCUGCGAAUAAAUUGGUGCAAAAGGCCCUGACGACAAUGUGCAGGCUGUUUUUUGGACACCCGGCGGUAUCGGUGGAGAAAAACUGGACUGGAUAGGUGGCUUGGAAAGUUCCAGGAAAUAUUUUCCCCCUUGGACCUUAAUAACUCCCAAUAGCCAUGGACUCUUCGGUGGUCGUUCAGGAAGCCAGCAAUGGUAACCCGGGCAGUUCUGAACAGCAACCAGACCUGGAGGUCAAAUCGAAGCGGACAAUGGAAAGAGAGGAUCUUAAUGUGCUUAGUGUAAAUAACGGCGGAGCGCCAACUGAAGGGGAUACCGUAGCCCUCAAGAGCAGCCAAGAUCCUUGCGCGAACGGACCGACGUCUUAUAACCCCGAACAGCCCGUGCCUUUUGACCCCGCCGAAAACUCCCGGGGGAAAGAACUCGCUUCAGGUGUGCUUGGUUUCCGUGAGCACCUAAAGGCGUCUCAGGGCGGUAGUGAUGAGAGUUUAGCCCUUAGGAAGGAUACCCUGCAGUCUCUCAAACUAAGCCUCCCUUUGCAAGAAACUGAAUUGUGCUCAGCCGAUGCUCCUCUCCCGCUGGAGAAGGAAGAACUGAUCCGGCUUCAGGCCCGGAAGCGCCUGGAAGAGCAGCUCAAGCAGUAUCGCGUCAAAAGGCAUCAGGAAAGACUGUUUACAGCUAAAAGCCGCCCCUCCAGCACCCUGGAUCCUGAGCUGAUGUGGAACCCGGAGACCUUACCGAGAGCCAGCCCCGUGGCGAUGACCAAAGAAUACUCCUUUUUGAGAACCAAUGUCCCGCGAGGACCGAAAGUGGGGAGUUUGGGCCUCCCAGCUUCCUUGAAAGAGAAAAAAAGUUCCAGAUCUUCCAGAACAAGCCGGAUCCGGUCGUUGGCAGAUUACCGAACGGAAAACCCAGACGGAAGUGCCGGUGGGACCGUCCCGGUGGCUGAUUCCUCAGGCGGGUCUCUGAAACAGAACUCAAACAGUCUGACCUCGGUUGUGUCUUCCAUCAGCCUGACUCCCGAUUCAGACGAUCGACUGGAAGCGUUGUCCUUGGCGGGAGACAGCGUGUCAGAAAUGGAUGGCAGCGAAGUGGGAAUGAGGCUGGAUGGCAACGAAAGCGACAGCUCGACCUACAGCAGCGUGUCAGGAAGAGGCCUCACUUCCUCCAGUCCCAAAAGCAAGCCGGGUAUGGCCUUCACCAUCAACGGGCAGGAGGUCCCGUUGGAUGCUGUUGGACAGUUCCCUUCCAUCAGGGAGGUACUGCAGGCUGCCGCAACAGAGCAGCGGGCUCAGGAACAGGAAGUCAACGGGGAAGCCAGAAGCCGUCGGGACAGUAUUUCUAGCAGCAUAUCUGUGGAAAGUUCAAUCGCCGGAACCCACGAUGAGCUGCUCCAAGUCCUCAAAGAGAAGAUGAGGCUUGAAGGACAAUUGGAGGCCCUGUCAUUAGAAGCCAACGAGGCCCUCAAAGAAAAAGCAGAAUUGCAAGCCCAGCUGGCUGCGGUCCAGAUGAAACUCCAAACCCACAUGGAGCAUUCCCAGACCAGCCAACAGAAGCAGGACUCCCUGAAUUCAGAGGUGGCUACCUUGAAGCAGUCCUGCUGGGACCUGGAACGUGCCAUGGCUGAGCUACAAACCACCUUGGAGGCCAAGAACGCUGGCUUGGUUGCUUCCCAUAAUGACCUGCAGUUGGCAGAAGAACAAUACCAGAGACUGAUGGGGAAGGUGGAGGACUUGCAGAAAAAUGUCCUCGGCAAGGAUAGCAUGGUUCAUGAUCUCCGGCAGCAGCUCUCCACGUUGCAAAGCCAACUCCAGCAGGUCGAGCUGGACCGCGCGUCCUUGACCGGUAAGCUGAAGUCCUCACAGGCAGAGAUCGCAUCCCUGCAGAAAGUUCGGCACUGGUACCAACAACAGUUGGCUGUGGCUCAACAAGCAAGGAUCCGUCUGCAGAGCGAUAUGGCCAACGUAAAGGCUGGACAGAUGACUCAAGUUGGCCUGCUGGAACAUCUGAAGUUAGAGAACGUAACCUUGUCUCAUCAAUUAACAGAGACCCAACAUAGAUCGAUCAAAGAGAAGGAGCGCAUCGCUGCGCAGCUGCAAAACAUCGAGGCUGACAUGCUAGACCAGGAAGCGGCCUUUCUGCAGAUCCAGGAGGCUAAGAGUAUGAUAGAAGACGACUUGCAGAGGAAACUGGAGGAGUUUGAGGACGAGAAAGAACAGCUUCAGAAGAUGGCUGAUUCGGCAACAUCACUGGAACAGGAGCUAGAAAAGGUCAAACUAACGCUUCAACAGCGAGACGUUCAGGUGGAGACCCUGCAGCAGGAACAGCUGGAUCUCAUGAGACAAUUGACCUCCGCCCAAGAGAUGUUGCAGACCCAAGACCAAACCGUGGGUGAGCUUCAGGUGCGCUACGACGAACUGGAGGCCAGGUUGGCUGAACUGCAAGGAGAGGCCGCCUCGAAGGACGACUCCAUCCGCUACUUGCAGAACGAGAAGAUCGUCUUAGAGGUUGCCCUGCAAGUGGCAAAGACAGGACAAGAAGGACUCAAAGAGUCCAUCCAACAUUUGGGAGGCCACACCGAGGCGGCCUCGGAUGUUUUGGAGCAGCUCAAGCAAGACAUCGCCAUCAAAUCAAGUCAGGUGGAAAACCUGCAACAGGAAAGUGCAAAUCUAAAGAAACAAACCCAGAAAGUGAAGGAACAGUAUCUCCAACAGAAGGUGAUGGUAGAAGCUUACCGCCGAGACGGGCUUUCCAAAGACCAGCUAAUCAGCGAACUGAAGUCUACCAAGAAGAAGCUGGAUGCCGAAAUCAAAGAGCUAAAGCGACAGUUCCUUCAGCUUCAGGGUGAGAAGAAAUCCACGGAGCUGGAGAACUCCAAGCUGGCGAAGGAACUGACGCAGAUUCAGCAGCAGAUGGAGGAACUGGAGAGCCAACUCCAGCUGGCCCAGAAAGAACGAAAUGACAUGGAGACGGAGCUACAGUCUUUGAGGUUCGACCAAGAACAGAUGUCAGCUCUUGUCAAAGUAAACGAAGACUUAAAACGACAAGUCGAUGAAAUGCAACAAGAAACGAAGAUGGCCAUUAGCGAACAGAAGCAGAAAAUGAAGAGGCUGGGUUCCGAUCUGAACACAGCCCAAAAGGAGAUGAAAGCCAAGCACAAAGCGUAUGAGAACGCCGUUGGCGUCCUCAGCCGGCGCCUUCAGGAGGCCCUUGCUGCCAAGGAGUCGUCCGAAGCUGAACUGAAUGAACUCAAGGCCCAGUUCUCCGAGAGCGAAAGUAACCACGCUAGCCUGGAACAGAUCCGUACUCUGGAGGCGGAAUUGCAGUCUCUAACCCACAGUAAGAUGGUCCUCGAGAAGGAGCUGCAAGAAGUCAUCUCGCUCACCAGCCAAGAACUGGAAGAAUACCGAGAGAAGGUCCUUGAGCUUGAAGAUGAGCUUCAAGAAGCGAGAGGGUUCCGGAGGAAGAUCAAGCGCCUGGAAGAGGCCAACAAGAAGCUUUCGCUUGAACUAGAACACGAACGGGGAAAACUCACCGGCCUUGGCCAGUCCAACGCGGCUCUGCGAGAGCACAACCGCAUCCUUGAAGCGGCUCUGGCCAAGAGAGAGGCGGAUUUGGUGCAAUUGAAUCUCCAGGUCCAGGCGGUUCUGAGGAGCAAAGAAGAAGAAGAUCAAAAGAUGAAGCAGCUGAUUCAGACUUUGCAAAUGGCUUUGGAGAAAGAAAAAGCCAACGUUUUCAGUCUUAAGGAACAGGUUACGACGACAAAAGCGGAGUCGGCACACAAUCGUCGGCAUUAUAAAGCUGCUGCCCUGGAACUCGGCGAGGUCAAGCGAGAGCUGCAAGCCAAAGAAGUCCUGAUCGAGGCUCUCCAGGCUGAAGUCGACAAGUUGCAGGCAGAAGAUGGAAAACACUCCGAGGAAGUCUCCCAGAUCCAGCGAGAGCUUGUAGAUGCUCGGUCCCAGCUUCAGCUUCUGCAGAAGCAGCUGGAUGAUCAACUGGACAAGCAACCUGUAGAAAACCAAGAGCUGGAAGACCUCAAAUGGGAAGUUGAACAGAAAGAGAGGGAACUCCAAGCUCUGAAGCAACAGCUGGAUUUGACCGAGCAACGCAGUCAGAAGGAGUUGGAAGGCAUGCAGUUAGUUCUCCAGAACCUCAAGACGGAAUUGGAGAUGGUUCGGGACGAUUUGUCCAUCACUCAGAAAGAUAAAUUCAUGCUCCAAGCAAAAAUGUCUGAACUGAAGAACAGCAUCAAGACUUUGCUUCAACAGAACCAGCAGCUGAAGCUGGAUUUGAAACAGGGGAAGAUGAAAAAGAAGAAACUCAAGGGGGAGACCAGUUCGAAUCCGGUGACCCCGGUGAAGAUUCCCGAUUGUCCUGUCCCAGCUGCUUUGCUAGAAGAGCUGCUGAAACCCCCAUCGGCUGUGAGUAAAGAGCCACUGAGGAACCUCAACAGCUGCCUCCAGCAACUCCGGCAAGAGAUGGACAGCCUGCAGCGUCAAAUGGAAGAGCACACGGUGACGGUCCACGAAUCGAUGUCUUCCUGGACGCAAAUCGAAGGCCAGUGGACAGACCUCAGUAGUAACCUCUCUGUAACUCUGUUAGCCGACCAGAGUCUUCCUCACAGAGACCUCCAGGAUCAUAAGCCAAGCACGGGCGCCGAGGAAGAGUUGGCCCAGUGAUCCCCAAGGCCCACGGAUUUCCCGUCAGAACUCUUUAAGUAGGUUUAAAAAAAAAAGAGAGAGAGAGAGAAGUAUUUAUCAAAACCUUAUUUAUAUUUUGUUGUUAAACCUUUUAGAGCAGGGGUCUCCAAACUUGGCAACUUUAAGCCUGGCGGACUUCAACUCCCAGAAUUCCACAAGCCUUAAAGGGACCAAGGUUGGAGACCCCUGUUU